CUCGGAGCACUCUGGUGUGCUGGUAUCGUUACUCAGCCCUGGGUCCCUGUCUCGGCUCAGUCGAGGGGAUUUAUGAAAAAGAGCUGCUCCUCUCCUCCCAUGUAGGACAUGCUAUGACCGCCUCAUUACUCCUCGGCUCGCCCUGGAUCGACCCGGUCAUGUUCCUUUACGACGGCGGCUCGCAAGAGGAGAGAAGCAAGAACAUGGAGGGCUUCACAGGUGGGAACUUCGCAGCAAACCAGUGCAGGAAUCUGUUGGCGCAUCCAACCUCGCUGGCUCCCAGCACCACCUACGCUGCAAGCGAUGUGCCAGUCUCUGGGGUGGGGGAGCCUGGCAAGCAGUGCAGCCCCUGCUCUGCCACUCAGAGCUCGCCCAACGCUUCUCUGCCCUACGGAUACUUUGGCAGCGGGUACUACCCGUGCAGGGUGUCACACGGCGGCGUCAAGGCGUGCGCGCAGCCCUCCGGUUACGGAGAGAAAUACGCGGACUCUUCAGUCUCCGGUGAGGCGAAGGAGUUUGCGUUCUACCAGGGAUAUUCCUCCAGCCCCUACCAGACCAGCUACCUGGAUGUGCCGGUGGUACCUGCGCUGAGUGCGCCACCCGAGCCAAGAGAGUCUCUGCUGCCCAUGGAGCCCUAUCAGCCCUGGGCCAUCACUAACGGGUGGAGUGGUCAGGUUUACUGCACCAAGGAGCAAUCGCAGGCAAAUUCUCUGUGGAAAUCCUCAUUACAAGGUAUAUUACUAGACUCCUUAUCUGGUGGUAUGGACAGCUCGGUCCGUCGUGGGCGAAAGAAACGCGUGCCAUACACUAAGGUGCAACUCAAAGAACUGGAGAGGGAGUACGCCACCAACAAAUUCAUCACCAAGGACAAAAGGAGACGGAUAUCCGCGCAGACGAACCUGACAGAGAGACAAGUGACGAUCUGGUUCCAGAACAGGCGGGUAAAGGAGAAAAAAGUUGUCAAUAAGUUCAAGAGCUCUAGUUAGCUCUGGAGACAUUCCCAAGACGUGAAAGGCGGACAUGGGCGCACUUUCAGCAGUGGAAGAAAAAAAAGAGAGAGAAAAAGAUAGAAAACUCUGCUAUAAUUUAUUCCAUUUAUGAACUGUUACACACUGUCGCCGGAACGGCUCUGGUUUGAACUAUAACGUUUCCUUCCUCGUUUUAAUUGGAACCAGUCCGUGGGGCCUGUUGGCAGAAGGUCGGAAGAGAUCUAGAGUUUGAGGCGAUUUUGCGGGACGUUUCAGUAGUCACCAUCCUGACGAGCAUUCUGACAAAUAUUCUGCAUUGAGAUGGGUGAGCCACCAGCAAAUCGUGCGCAUUUUCCUUUUAAAAAGAAAAUAUAAGGCUGAAGCGCACGAAUGAAAACAACAAACAAACAAACAAAAAAAAAAACAACUUUUGGUUUCAGACUGUGGUAAAGAGUAACAAAAGCAGGUUAUUAUCAUGAAAUUAUUAAAACACAUUUGUAGUAUUUGUAUCCGAAUAUUUAGCUCCAUCCCCAAUUUGAGAAAAGAAUUUUCCUAUAAAAUCAGCUUUCGUCACAUCUUUCAUUCUCAGCGGGUUACCUAUGAAACUUUACCAAGCGUUUCAUUAGGAUUUCCAAUGUUUCAAUCACAGGCGCCUUCGGAACCUUUUCAGAGGGGUGGCCAGAUGGUCUCCGCUGAUAAACUUGGCCUGGGACUCUGAAACCAAAAGCUUCAACUGAAUAUUAUUUUUAUUGUGCAAUCGUUAGAAAUCGGGGAGUGGGAAGGGGGCAAGGGGGUAAUAAUCAAAGAUGGCACACAAUGAAACACCAGAACGGACAUAAAAAAUAAAUUAUUUAUAAGAAUAAACAAAUAAAAAUAUGUUUUGCUUUUUCUCUCUUGUGCGGAAUUCAUUUUCAAAUAAUGGGGGGGUUACCCGCAGACAUGUAAAGAAGGCCUCCGGCACCUUUGCCUCCACUCCUUGGUGGCGCCACUGAUUUUAAGAGUUUGUCAGUUUGCCUGAAAAAGGCAUGUAAAGGCAUGAAAAAGGCUUUUUUCCCUAUUGCUCUCGCAUUUACAUUUUGUCCUCCUGCUUACUUUUCAAGAAGAAGAAAAAAAACCUCUACAUGAAUGGAUGAACUACAACAAAACAUGUGUAAAUAUUUUAUGCGCAGCCGAGUCAGUUUCCUGUUUCUUAUUCAUAAACCAACGGGUUUUUUUUGUUUUUUUUUGACAAUAUAUGUUUGACAGACACUAUAAGUGCACUGCUGUCGCAGGAGUUUCAUUUAUCUUUCUGUUUCAUGAGAAAAUUCGAAUAAAGUGAUUGACUGCGGUUUCAAUUGAAAAUAUGAUUUAUAUUGCCUAGUAUGACGAUGGACGUGUUAACAGGCCAACAGUUUGAUUCAGGUCCCAGUAUUUAUCACAGAGACUUUAUGUCGCCAUCUAGCGGCGAAUCUUUGUCAGCGCAGUUUUCCUGCCUACGGGCUGCGGUUCUAGAAUCUGUAGCUGUUUUUGUUGGGCGCUCCUCAAUUUGCCACUUCUUACUCCACUUAAGGUCUUUCCUAUAAUGGGGAGGUUUCGCAAGUUGGUUUACUGCAUUGAAAUGUAGUUACGUGACCUCAAUAAAUAAUAUAUAUCAGCAAUAAGUUGCUGGGAUUUAUUGUGGUUUGACCAGGGUUUACAAUGUAACACUUAAGCGUCGACCAUUUUACACGACUCUUACAACAUAACCAAACAUCAAAGGUACGAAUAUACAAAUGACGAAAUGACAUUGCAACACCUGAACUACAGUCAUAUUGAAUAAAUUGCAAUAUUAUUGGAAAGUUCAUUUUUUUCAGUGACUCGAUUCGCUAAGUGGAACACAUUACAGCAAUUACACACAGACUAAGUUAGACUUGGUUAUCGUCUAUGACGAUUUUCUUCUUACGGUUAAUAAAACACAACAUUUAAGAUUAGAAGAUUACAUUAGACUGAUACAAAUAUAUUUUAUUCAUAAAUGUGGGCUUUAUGGAAGGCAUGCUUGAGGGUUGUUAUUUUUAAAAAUGUAGGCUACUUGCAAUCUGACAAACGUCGUCGGAACAUAUUCAAAAAAAUUACAAAUACAUUCAUAUAUCCUAUAAUUGAGAUUUUUUUUUUAGCACUAUGAUUCAACACACUAUAACCAGCCAUGAGUGACACACGAAGGUUUGGAACAUGGGUGUGAAACGAUUGUUUUACAAGCUACAUAAUGGAAGCAGAAAGAAAAUGGCAACAUGCAAGCAUGAACUCUAAAUAAAAUCUGUAAAGAGAGAAAUUGAUUGAGUCACUCAUGUUAUUUUUGGAGAUUACAUUGACAUUUUUUCUUCAGUGGCAACAGUAUUACUAAGAUUUAUUUUAUUCUGCUGCUUAACCAACUGUAUGUGUAUUCUAACAUAUAUUUAGGCUAAGAAAACCGCCAUUAAGAAAUAAAAUGAACAAAACUCUG